AUGUCAGGCCAAGGAGAUCGAGUCCGGUCGAAGGCGAAGCGGAUUGUGCAGCAAGUUUUUCCAGCUGAGGGGGUUUAUUGGGAUGGACUACUCCAGAAGGGGCCGCCAGCGGGAUUGAUUCUCGAUAUGGAAUUGAUCCAAAAUAACGACGAGUGCAACCCCUGGAACGCAAUUACUCCAAUGGUGACCCCGCUGGACGCUUUGCUCAAGGAGGGUCAUCUAACCCGAGAGAAUCUGGUGUUACGAAUCGGGGAUCUCGCUAAAGCCGUCGCCUAUAUGCAUGAACAGAAGAUCGCCCACUUUUUGCUGAAUACCGAGAGUCUCAAAGCGACCCUUGGUACACCCCCGAAAAAAUUCGAAGAGUCACACGCGGGGUUAAAAUGGAUAGAGACAAUGGUAAUUGGGGAAUUCCGGAGCGCAUCGGAUGCGAAAGAGUACGACUUUGAUGGGCAGGAGAAGCCCAACUAUCAGUACUACCAAUCCCCUGAAUUGAGGGUUAAUCAUUCCGGAGAAUCCGACGACAAUCACGCCUAUGCGUUGGCUAUUCUGGUACUCCGUCUCCUCCUACCAGAGGGAGAACUUGAGCACCUGGAAAAGCUCUCUAACGAGCUUCGAAUCAAUGCAAGGCGUACAUAUAAUCCUGGUAAUCGCCCGAAACAGACGAUUGACAUUCUAAAGAAAUGGAAGAAGGACUUUGAAUGGGAUUUGUCGGACGAUAUAUUGCAGCUCUUGGCGAAGAUGCUCUGUCCAGCAUCGUAUGGGCGUUUUGCUCCUGAGGGCCGUAUGAAGGUCAAGGAUUUUGCAACCGACUGGGAAGGGUCAUCGGAUUAUCAAAGUGCUGAAAAAGCGACAGAGUAA